AUGACGACUCUGGUUUUAAUGGCGAUGUUACUACCUCUGGUAAUUUCUUCAGGUAUAAGCUUAAUACUUGAUCCCGUUCCUAAUGAAAAGCUCUACAAAGGAGACAUGAUCCACAUUUUCGCCAACAGAGUUCGUUCUCGUGAAAAUUAUUGGUACAAGUCAAUCAUCACUCUCUUGUUUAAAUUCUUUGAUUCGAAAUCACAAACCAACAAGAAAAGUUCAUUCGAAGAGCUUUUAGCCGGGGAUUGCUUCACUCUCACGCGGUAUGAGUUGAAAUUUCGAAAGAACAUUGAAAGAAAAACACUUUGCGAGAAGACUUUGACAGAAGAUGAAGCAAGGAAGUUCAGGGGUGCUAUCGAAAGAAGCUAUAUAUACGAGAUGAGCUAUAACAAAAGUAUCUUCUGGAGUAUGGUGGGAAGGAUUGUAGAUGUGGAAAAUGAGCGAAAACUCACAAUCCCCAAGCAUUAUCUAGUUACACACAUUCAUUUUUAUGUUAAGUACUGGAAGAGCCAAGUUAAAGACAUCAGUAUUUUGAGCAACUAUAGUUCUAGUGUGGACAUAGCUGAAGUUGCUGCAAAUAAAGUCAAGUUUACCUAUUCGGUUCUCUGGGCUGAAGAACCUGAUAAGCCUGGUCAUUUCUCGGGUUACACCCCAUUUGAUGAGGAGCUUAUGAGGCUAAAAGAAGAUGGUGAAAUCUGGAAUUCGAAAUUGUUUUAUUGGGCAAGUGCCACUCUCGUCUGGGUUGGGUUAAUUCUUACAGUGACUGUGCCAUACUUGACCGAUUACUUGGACCGGUAUGAUUACUUGUACUGCAGGUUCUCUUCCAGAGAGCAGGACCAUUUAGAUUGCCGAGUUAAUAAUCAGCAUCUCCUUCACGGUGAUAACUGCAAAUGCCCUCCUUACACAUCGUUACUUGGUGCCGUUCUUGGGAAUGGGAUUCAGCUGCUUAUUAUGGCAUGUAUCUUCUUCAUUUUGGCAUACAAGGGUUUCUUGAAUCCCUGCAAUCUCCAGUCACUUUCUUCUCUAAUACUGAGGACAUAUUGUAUUACAUCUUUCAUUAUGGGGUAUAAGGCUACUUCGUUUCAUGCUGGAUUCACAUCAGUUGGUUGGAAAGAAUGCAUAUUCCAAGCUGGAACUCUAUACUACAUUCCAGCACUCUCAACAGUUAUUAUUGCAAAUGGCUUAGUAAUUUCAGAGUUUGGGAUAUCCGAAGUACCAGAACUGGGCAUCCUCUGUCAAAACCUGGUUGCUUGGGGACUUGUUUCAAGCAUUCUCGUGAUUCUAAGUGGCGUCGUUGCUCGUCGUUUCCAACCAGAAUCUCAACCAACUUGUUCUACAAGAAAUUUACCAAAAGAGACUCGUCAGCAGCCUUGGUACACGAAUACAGCGGUUCAGAUGCUGCUUGGUGGCCUUGUGCCAUUCAUUCUACUGUUACCAAAGCUGGACAACAUCCAUGCAAGCUUGUGGAAUUUCAAGAUUUGCAACACGUUUCAAACUUUGCUUACUUCAUUCAUUUCGAUUGUCAUAAUGAAUGUGAUCCUGGCAAUUGGUUUCACUGUUAGUCAACUAUCCUGGCAUGAUCAUCACUGGUGGUGGAGAUCUGUAUUACGUGGGGGAACACCAGCCAUUUUGAUGUUUUUCUAUGGCCUCUACUUCUUCUACAGGAUAAACAUUGAUGAAUCAUUGCUGCUACGUGUUUUGGGAUACCAUUUUUGUAUCUCCUAUGCCUUGUUCCUUAUUAGGUUGAUAGAAAAAAAGGCAGUCACUAGGAGAAACGCACCAGACGAUGCAGCUCCUUCAGCCGGAGUUGAGGGAGGAGAAAACAGUUGUCCAUCACCGCAGGACUUCCCUCAGAUAAAGGAAGACUAUGACGAAAAGGCAUAA